UUCGCGUAAACGGGACAAUCCUCCUCUCUGAUCAAUUCACCGAUUGAAGUUUCACACACACCAGCGCGCGUGUGCGUGUGUUGAGCUACAGCGAGAGACACGCACACUCUCAGCCUUGAAGUUAAAUUGCUGGAAAGCAUUUCGAGCUCGCUCUGAUAUCAGAGAAGUUGAACUAAUGUGGAUCAUUUGUAAUGGAAUUACCAGUCUGGAUUAACUCGCGGUAAAGCGAUAAAAAACGGCGCCCGUACUUGUCUGUGGACAUGAGUAUAUGAACCUGCUCAGCAUUCUGUAGCGGCGGAGCUCGGUUAUGGUCAGUUUGAGACAGGCAGUUCGCUCCAGUCUACUGUGGAAAGCGACUCGGGAGAAAUGAUGUUAACAGCACGAACGUUUUAAGAAAACUUUUACUUGAGUCUCCAGGGAAAACACAAGUAGCUAAUUGGUCUCUUUUCAGAACAAUAAGUGGUUCUUCCACGCUUGGGAUUUUAGUUUAGUGUGCAAACGCCACCGACAGAAUGAACGGCUCUGGGCGCGUGGCACUGGCGCUGUUGCUCGCGCUGCUGGGGGGCUUUACCGGGGGCACACAAGGCCAGGUAGUGUCCGCCAAGGUGAUGCGGUCUUCUAACGUGAGGCAACAUGACUUGUUCCGGAAAGAAGAGGUCGUCACGGUAACGGCAACGGGCGGAGUUAUCCAGAGCCCCCGCUUUCCUAACGCCUACCCCAGGAACCUGCAGUUGUCAUGGAAACUACUGUCGCCCCACAACACCCGCAUCACCCUGGAGUUUGACUCCCACUUUGCACUGGAGGAACCAGAGAACGAAGUCUGCAGAUAUGACUUUGUGGAGGUGGAGGACAUCUCAGAGACCAGUACUAUUGUCUGGGGGAGAUGGUGUGGUCAGAGUGUCCCCCCUCGUCUUACCUCCAAAACCAACACCCUCAAAGUCUCCUUCAAGUCAGACGACUACUUCGUGGCCAAGCCUGGCUUCAAACUCCACUUCUCUCUACAGGAUGAUUCUCUUCCUACAGCGUCGAAGACUAACUGGGAGGCUGUGACCCUGAUGGAGGACAGUGUGUCAGUGUUGGCUCCAGCGGUGACUGCUGUUCCCCUGACAGCAGCGGCGUUGGACCAGACCAUAGCAGCCUUCAACACAGUGGAGCAGCUCCUCCGUCACCUCAACCCUGACAGCUGGAGACAGGACCUGGACAGCUUGUACAGAGAGACAGCCAUGUACAGACCUCGGGCCUACCAGCACAGCAGACAGAACAAGAUUGACCUGGACCGUCUGUAUGAUGACGUGAAGCGCUACAGCUGUACACCUCGGAACUAUUCUGUCAACCUGAGGGAGGAGCUGAGGGCCACCAACGCCGUGUUCUUCCCACGAUGCCUACUGGUGCAGCGCUGUGGGGGGAACUGUGCCUGUGGGACGGACAACUGGAACAGCUGUACCUGCAGUCCGGCCAAGACCAGUGACAAACUACACGAGGUGUUGAAGUAUGCUCCUGAGGUGGGAGGUUAUUCACGGCGUCAGACAGUUCGGGUCAGCUGGGCCCUAGAGGAAGUCCACUUGACGCACCACGAGCGCUGUGACUGUGUUUGUCCCUCCAGACCACCCCGCUGAGAGACAAUGGGACAGGGGGACACAGCUCUGGGACUAACUGCUGUUUAUAUCUCCAUCUCUCUCUCUCUCUCUGUAGCACUCCACUGCCAUCCAUCCACAUACCAACCUGUUACAAACCUAGUCAUCCAUAACCAUCCAUACCCCCUCUUCUGGUCACGAUUCCCCAAACUCCCCUGCUUCCACCCAGCCAAAACCCAAAUGUACCCCACCCUCUCCACUACCAGCUCAUGACCC